GUCGAUAAUACUUGAACGGCCGCGGCUUCAUAUUUCAUCUGCAACCGAGCGAGGACUUGAGACAAAUUGUCAACAUACGGGCUGUGAUUUACAAUCACAACCCCCCUUUUUAAAUUUUUUUAAAAACUGAGACGAGAUGUCCGGAAUGAAGAGGCUCUUUUUUGCCCCGAACCAGUUCGUCCUCUUCAACCGAACCCCGGCUGCCUCUCCUCCCUCCUCCUUAGGAACUGAGCUCAUGCUAAAUAACAGCUCGGCCAUCGUGAUGGUAGAAUGUUGAUGAUGCCAUCGUUUCCACACCGAUAGCAGAUGACGGACACAGCUGAGCAAGAGGUUAACCAUGUCCCCAAAUGUUUGGAAAUGUGGCCUCGCCGUCUUAGCGCUGCUUGGCCUCGUAUUCCUGCUGCGCAACAUCAGCAUUUUAGAGAACUGGAACUGUAGUGCAGUGUCAGCGCUGUCCCAGCUCCAGAGCCACAUCCACACAUCUUUGUCUGGACCCGUCCCGAUGUUCCACCACAAUCACACCUUCUGUGCACAGCUGGGCCAGAAAGCCUCACCAGAAGAAGAGCUAGAGGAGCACAGGUUGUUGAAUUCCAUCACCUGGCCUGGGCCACCGUCUGCCUCGGCACCAGUUGCCUUGCUCAAGACGAGCGACCCGGCCCACAGCUCCUUCACCAUCCUUCCCUCCGAGAACAAGGGGCAUUGGUACGUGGGCGACCAGCUAGAAGUCAUCGUCCAGGUGUACGACUUCAAGGGUCGACCCAAGGGCUAUGGUGGUGAUUUUCUUCUGGCUCGACUGCAUUCCCCAGAAUAUAGGGCAGGUGUGGCCGGGGUGGUGUUGGACCACAAGAACGGACUCUACUCUGUUCGAUUCCUUCUGCUGUGGGAAGGGUCGGCUCAGGUGGAGGUCACCAUGGUGCACUCGAGCGAAGCCGUUGCCGUGCUGCAGCGACUGAGGGAAGAGCGUCCCGAUCGGGUGUACUUCAACAGCCUCUACCAUCUGGGCCUUCAGUCUGAGACCACGGUUUGUAACAUGUGCCUACCGCCUGACCGGGGGCCGCUGUGUGACUACACGGACUCUCGCACCGGUGAGCCUUGGUACUGUUACAAGCCUAGGAUGCUCAGCUGCCACACCAGAAUCAACCACGCCAAGGGAGGUUACCUCAAAAACAUCACCACAGACAAGGAAGCAAUGCUCUUUCAGAGUGGCGUCAACAUCAAAGUUCCCAUCCGGGCUUCCGGGAAGGAUGCAAUCAGCGUGCUGCCUUCAAGGACAGAAAGCAGGAGUGUGAAACCGGAUGCUGUCAACCAAGCCACGUCCGGGUACUACUACGAGGACUUGUGGAGACCCUUAGUCGGCGUCGCAAUGCGCCAGUUCGACUCGUCAGCCAUCACUCUGUGUUUGACCAAUAAGGUGGUCUACAUGUACGGCGACUCCACUGUUCGCCAAUGGUUUGAAUUCCUCGUGGAUGUACUGCCAGACUUGAAGGAAUUCAACCUCCGGAGUCCUAAAUUGGUAGGACCCUUCAUGGCGGUGGACAGCACUCACAAUAUUCUUGUUAUGUACCGCUGCCACGGACCACCCAUCCGCUUCUCCACCAUAAUGGCUAGUGAGUUGCGGUACAUCGCCAACGAGCUGGACGGCCUGAGCGGGGGUCCCAACACAGUGGUGGCCCUCAGCAUCUGGUCUCAUUUCAGCACCUUCCCCGUGGAGGUGUACAUACGCCGCCUGCGGCACAUCCGCAAGGCUGUGGCGCGACUUCUGGACCGAGCGCCAGGGACGCUGGUCGUGAUCCGCUCGGCCAACCCCCAAGCCCUGGACCAGCAGGUGAGCCUGUACAACAGCGACUGGUUCUCGCAGCAGCUGGACACCGUGCUGCGCUCCAUGUUUAAAGGUUUGGACGUGCUAGUGGUGGACGCCUGGCAGAUGAGCGUGGCGCACCGUCACCCUCACCUCCUCCACCCACCACCGGCCAUUGUCAGGAACAUGAUAGACGUCAUGUUGUCCCACGUUUGUCCAUAGUAAUGCCAAAGAUGAUGCCUUCAUGAUCGACCCUGGCCAUGCUUUUUCUAUGAUGCAAUUGUGAAAGAGGACUAUAUCAUCACUGAGAAGAAAAAAAAUGUAUACUUUUAGGAAAAAAGUCAUUGCACUGAAGUCAUAAUUUCACUGAAUAUUUUACAUUUUUACGAAUAAAGUUACAAUUCUCGACAAAAAAGGUAAACGUCCGACUUCUUCCUUGUAGAACAGGGGUCUCAAACUCAAUUUCUCGAGGGGCCAGUGGAGGUAGAGGCUGGGUCGCAUCAAGUAUUGGGAGUAGGGCUGGGAAUCUCAGGGUACCUCACGAUACGAUACAAUACAUCCAUGUGAUAAAACCACUGUUAGUUCAGUGUUGGUGUUAUUUGCCCCUGUAAGUAUGGACGUGACACUGAGCUUGCCCGGAUGUUGCGGGCUGCAGUUACACUACUCUUUGAUGUCUAGUCGCGGGCCGUAAGAUACGAUUUGCUGGGCCGCCAGUUUGAGACCCCUGUUGUAGCAUGAUUACUUUUUCGCCAUAAUGCAACUAUUUUGUUGUUUUCAAAUUAUGUAAAGUUCUCAUUCACAUUUAGACGGCUUGUUUUAUGAGCAAAGAAUUUGUCAGAUUUUGGCGUUCAUAACACUUUUUUUUAAACAAUUAUUAAAAUUGCAAUUUUCCAGAAAAAAGUUGCAAUGUUGCAAAAAUAAACGUAUAGCAAGGCUGACCAUCACUAUUUUUACUUGUACAACUUUUUUGUGGAAUUACAAAAGUAGGAAUUUUAUGAUAAUGGCAGGACAUUGUGAGAAUGAAAAAGGCUGUUUUACUAACAUUGGGCCUCAUUCACGAAACGUUCUUACGCACAAAUCUGUUCUUAAAGCCUUCUUACGAAGAUUUUUGGCAUUCAUGAAACGUGUUCUUAACUCCCAGUUCUUAGAUCUAAGAACAAAUUCUACGAACGCUCAGGAGGACUCUUACGCACAAGCAAAGCUUGCACUUUCAAUGCGCAAUCGCCCUCAUGAUGGAUUUUGCAACCUGAUCCCAAAAAAUGUAGUGCAAAUAAAAUAUCCCAACAAUUAUUUAUCAUCAAAACAACUAAAAUAUACUCCAUCGAUAAAUAUAUAUUCAAAUCCCAAUUCAUCAAAAAAAAAAGGCUGGCUGGACGUGCGCUGCGCAGAGAGAGAAUGUAAAGGGACCAUUAGAUUUAUUUGCUGAAAGCCACCAAUAUUUGAUGUCCCGCUUCAGGCUUCAGGCUUCCCUCUCUGUUCUUGCAGGUGUGCAGGAUCAUCAGAAUAACAUCGCAAUGAAACGUGGUGUGUCUAUUGCGCACGGAGCACCCCCCCCCCCAGAUAACGACAUGCGCCCCCAGCCACGUCUUGAGCCAGAGCACGGGGCUGCUGUAUUAAUUAGGCAGCGUCUAAUCAAAUGUAACCACAGAAAAAAUACAUUGCCACACACAAACUAUGUAUUUUGACUUUAUUUUUCCAUCAUGAUUGUGUAAAUAUUUUCUAGAGUUUCCAAAAUGGUUUGGUUUCUGAUUGAUGGCCCACCUCCCGUUUCCUCCAGAUCCCUCUGGUGCAGUCCAAUCUUUUUCUUGAGUCUAUUUUAAGUCAAAACACUUCUUUUUAACCUCUGCAGUGGUGCGUUUCUCCGUGGAAACGGCAUUUAUGUUUCCUGCAAUGGUGCUCCAUGCCGACUCUUUUUGGAUGGCCUGAUGACCGGUGGAUACACGUGAAAAUAAGGUGGUCUUGUGUUCGCUCACUCCUUGUAAAAGCACCUCUAUUUCAGUAGAAUUGAAGUUUUUCUUUCGUUUGUUGUCCAGCUGCUUCUCAGUCUUGCCCUUGCGCGUUGCCAUCUCCGCCUCCAGCUGCCCGUUGCGCACGGCACAUUUUUGACCUUAUAUAGGAAAUAAUAGGCGGUGACCUAUGCAAAUUAGGGCUCACAUGCAUGGGCAUCCCAGUUGGCAUUCGUCAACCUAAGAACACCGGUGCGAACGAUUAUCCCUACUUAAGAACGUGUCGUGAAUGCGGCGCAGUUUCCAACCCGCGCCUUCUUAAGUACACUUCUUAAGAAGACUUUUAAGAAGAUUUUCGUGAAUGAGGCCCAUAACUACUAAUUACUAAUUUUAGCAUUCGUCUAUUUAAGAGUACGACUUAUUGUAGCAUAGCAACUUUAU